CCGGGAUCCCAGUGGAUAUGGAAGAAGAUGCGAACCGAGUCUGGCUGUCGCUGGGACUGGAGGGUAGCGCGGGGGCUGCGGUCUAGGAGUCCCAGUCUCAGACGCGGCUAAAGCGCUGGGGUCUGAGAAGGAAAGCGACCACGGUGCUUGGGUGCCUUGAAGGAUCAGAGAUACCUAAGGUUCAACCUGUCGAGGAGGCAGUGGAUAUCUGUCUGUUCUGCGGGGCUGCAUCGCCAUGGGAAGCCUCUCUGCAGUUUUGGCAACGACAGGCAAGUCCCCCGAGGCAUCUCGUCCUGGCCGAGGAGCAUGAGAGACUGACAGCUAGAGAAGCCUGACGAGGGGUAUGCCCGGGGACCCUGAAUUGGCCGUGCAAGAGCCUGACAGAAGGUCUCCGGGCACAAUGGAAGACAAACGGAACAUUCAGAUCAUCGAGUGGGAGCACCUGGACAAGAAGAAGUUCUAUGUGUUUGGUGUUGCUAUGACAAUGAUGAUCAGGGUCAGCGUGUACCCGUUCACCCUCAUCCGCACCCGCCUGCAGGUCCAGAAGGGCAAGAGCCUCUACCACGGGACCUUCGAUGCCUUUGUCAAGAUCCUGCGAGCAGAUGGAGUGGCGGGCCUCUACCGGGGGUUCCUGGUCAACACCUUCACGCUCAUCUCCGGCCAGUGCUAUGUCACCACUUACGAGCUCACCCGGAAGUUUGUGGCUGACUACAGCCAGAGUAACACAGUCAAAUCACUGGUAGCCGGGGGCUCAGCCUCCCUCGUGGCCCAGAGCAUCACGGUGCCGAUCGAUGUUGUCUCCCAGCAUCUGAUGAUGCAGCGGAAGGGUGAGAAAAUGGGUCGCUUCCAAGUACGCGGAAACCUAGAGGGACAAGGGGUGAUUGCCUUUGGCCAGACUAAGGACAUUAUCAGGCAGAUUCUCCGGGCUGACGGCCUCCGAGGCUUCUACAGGGGCUACGUGGCCUCGCUGCUAACGUACAUCCCAAACAGUGCUGUCUGGUGGCCCUUCUACCACUUUUAUGCAGAGCAGCUGUCGCGCCUGUGCCCUCAGGAGUGCCCUCACAUUGUCUUUCAAGCCAUCUCUGGGCCCCUGGCUGCAGCCACUGCCUCCAUCCUCACCAAUCCCAUGGAUGUCAUCAGAACCCGUGUGCAGGUUGAAGGCAAGAGCUCCAUCGUCCUGACCUUCAGGCAGCUGAUGGCAGAGGAGGGGCCUUGGGGCCUCAUGAAGGGCCUCUCGGCGAGAAUCAUCUCGGCUACACCCUCCACCAUCGUCAUCGUGGUGGGCUACGAGAGCCUCAAGAAGCUCAGCCUGCGACCUGAGCUGGUGGACUCGAGACACUGGUAGAGAGCGGUGGAUGGAGAGGCUGUGGUUUCACACAUUACUCUGGGCCAGGGCAGAGCAGAGAGGAUAACUGCUCCUGUGAACGCCACCACCACACACCCAUCCUGCUCCAGGUUGUCUGUCAGGGAUCAGAGAGGAGACUUUGGACUGCUCCUUCUGCAGAGGUUCUGUGCCUGGCUUCCCUCAUCCCCAUCAUUUGACUUCUCCUGCAGACCUGGGCCCCUCACUCGGUCCUUAUACUCAGUCAUGGCCACAGGACCCCGUUAGCCCCUCACUGGCGCCCCUCUCUGACCUUCCCUCAGGCCUGGAGAAGAGCUGCUCCUCGUUUGCUUGUCCCCUGCUUCUUCUCGAGCCUCAGGCCAAGGCUCUGAGUAGCUGCCUGGGGUCUAUUUAUUUUUUUAUGCCUGCUUAUUUUAAAUUUGGGACCUGAGUUGUUCACUGCUUUGUCCUGCCUUUGGGGGACAAAUCGGAGCAGCGCACACUCUGCAGGGCGUUCGUCUUCUUGGGGAGUUACUAGGAGGGAGAAACGCUGAGGCUUCCUAUGUGUAGCUGAACAUCUGUGAAUGAGCCAACUAAUCCUGAUAGCUCAGUCUGCUGUCAGACCCCACUCCUUGGAAAAGUGGAAAACUGUGACACAGAUCCUAAUUUUUUAUCCCCCUUCCCUGUCCCUCAGGCCCGGGAACCUACAGACCACAUGAGCUGCUGGCCUUCAUUGGCCCAGGUGACUACAGUAGAGGGGCACAGUUGUAAGUGGGUCAGACUUACUAGAGAACACUGUCCUUGGAACUUUGCCCUGAAGCCAGGUUGAGAGAGAGCCACUGGCUUGGAUGUGCGUUCCUCACUCUUAUCUCCUCAGGCCAGCUGAGCCGAGCCCUGGAGGCACCACGGAGGUUCUGAGCCCGAGGCAGCAGUGCCACAGGCACACCCGCCACCCAGAUGAAUCGCAACAGGUGUCUCACAGUGGGACUCUGGAAUAUGAACUAUCCUUGUUUUUCUUGUCCUUGGUUGUGAAGUGUCAUCCCAGUCAUGGUACCCUGUGCUGGCAACAGAAAAAAAAAAAAAAAAAAA